AUGUUUUAGAAUGAUGGUAAUGGUUAGUCACCUAAUUGGUGUUCAUAUGAAAAACAAGCAGUAAAAGUAAUUCGUAAUAAUGCAAAUUAAUGUCCAGCAAUAAAAAAUCAUACAUCUAUUCAUUAUAAGAAAUAGAUCUUUAUAUUUGGAGGGUAUGAUUCUAAAAAAAAUCACAACGACAUUCAUAUAUAUAAGGAUGGAAAUUGGACAAAAUGUAAAGCUAAUGGUAGAAUUCCAGAGAGUAGAAAUGGACAUACUGCUACAGUUGUAGAUAAUAAGAUGUAUGUAAUUGGUGGAUGGUUGGGAAGUGGAACUUAUGCUAGUAGAGAUGUUUAUGUAUUAGAUUUGGAUUGUUUGUUUUGGACACUUGUUAAUACAAUGGGAGAAGUAUGAUUUAAAAAUAUAUUAAAGGUUCCAGGUCCAUGUAAUAUGCAUAGUGCAGAUUUAAUUGGUUAAUUAAUAUUCAUCUUCAGAGGAGGGGAUGGGAAGGAUUAUUUGAAUGAUUUACAUAGUUUCAAUACAAAAACCAAUAUGUGGAAAUUAGUAUAAACAGCAGAAAAUUAGAGACCUCCACCAAGAGCUAAUCAUAGUUCAGCAGUGUGGCAAAAUAAAUUAUAUAUCUUUGGAGGUUGGGAUGGUUCAAAAAGAUUAAAUGAUUUACAUUGUUAUGAUAUAACAACCAAUAGAUGGAGUGAACUAAAACCAAUUCAAUCUCCUAGUGCCAGAGCAGGAAUGUGCAUGACUACUAUAGAUAAUAAGAUAUACUUAUUUGGUGGGAGUGGACCAUAAACUACAUGUUUUGGAGAUUUGUAAUGUUAUGAUCCUAUUAAAAAUGCAUGGACUAUUAUAGAACUUUAAGAUGAAGAAUAAUUUGAUAAAGCUAGAGCUGGUCAUAGUAUGACUGCUAUUGGUAAUCUUAUUUAUAUUUUUGGUGGAUCUUGUGGAUCUCAUUAUUUUAAGGAUUACUUUAUUAUUGAUACAGAUCCACCUCCAAACAUUUCUAUGACUGAUUUCAAUAAUAUAUCUAUUAAUUAGUAUUUUAGAGGAUUUUUCAAUUAGUCUAAAUACAGUGAUAUCAUUUUUGUUAUAGAAGAUAAACAAUUGUAUGCACAUAAAAUAAUAUUAUCUCGAUAUGAAAUGUUCAAUAAGAUGUUUGAAUGGGAAUACAAAAAUCAAUAAUAAAAAGUUUAUAUAAAUGAUUGUUCUUCCUUUAUUUUUGAAUAGUUGUUAUACUUCAUUUACACAGGAGAUGUAAGUGUAAUUUCUAUUUUAGUUAUAAUGUGAUUAAUUUUAAUAAUCAAUUGAAUACUAUAGAUAAUUAUUGUAAAUGGCUGAUUAUUACCUCAUACCAGAUUUAAAGUCAUUAUGCGAGAAAUAAUUGUCUUUGUUGAUAGAUAGCACUAAUCUGACUAAAAUUAAGCUUUAUGCAGAAUAAAUGAAUGCCAAUUAAUUGAUAAAAUUUUGUGAGUGGUAUGAAAACCAUAAUAACUGA